AUGAAUAUUUUAAGAAAUGAUUUACAUCAAUCUAAUAUACUCUAUUCUUUCAAAAUAUUAGGAAUUACAUAUGUAUCGAUUGGACUUAUAAGAUUGUUACUUAAAACUAAACUCAAGAAAUAACCAAUACUAUAAUUACCAUAAUUAGAAAUAUUUUGCUCAUUAUCACUUUCAGCAUUUACACUUGGGAGAUUGAAUUCAAAAGAAAUGAAAGAAUAUGAUAAACUUUAAUUGAGAUAAAUUCAAAAAUAAAACUAAUUGGAAAGGUAUAAACAAAGCUUUAGAGAUUAUAAAGAAAAUGUAUAACUAUGGACUAAUAGUUAGUUUUGGCAUUGA